AUGUGGCGUAAAAUUGCCGAAGAUUUUGAAAAGCUUAGAGGUUUUCCAAAUUGUAUAGGCGCAUUGGAUGGAAAACAUUUUGUUAUUGAAGCCCCAGCCAAUAGUGGUUCUAUAUAUUUUAAUUAUAAACACACAUUCUCAAUUGUUUUAUUGGCGUUAGUGGACGCAUGCUACAAAUUUAUUGCAGUUGAUGUUGGCGCUUACGGACGAAACAGUGAUGGUGGCAUUUUUGCACAAUGUAAUCUUGGAAAACGUUUAGAAAAUGGGACGCUUCAUGUACCUAUUGGUAAAAAUUUACCCGGUUCCUCUACGUUUGCACCAUAUGUAAUAGUUGGUGAUGAAGCGUUUCCUUUGAAAACAUACCUAAUGCGACCGUAUCCAGGACACCAAGCAACAGUGGAGUCAAUUGAUCCCAGACGGACAAGUGAUGACGUAAUAAAGCAGAUUAAGGGCGGGGUCGACGUGGUUGACUUAGGCAUUGGCAUCAACCAUAUUAGAAAGGCAAAGAACCAGAAAGUCCUCAUCAGCUGUGAGUCUGAAGGAGACAGAAAUACACUUCAGAACCAACUUAAAAGCACAGCCAAUCAGCUUACCGUGCACAGGCCAGCCACAAAAUUCCCGCUUAUACGCUUAACAGGAGUCGUCUUCGACUUGACGGAUGGGAAUAUCGUAGAGGCCGUGAUGAAACAAAACGCUACACUUCUAAACGACAUCCCAGCAUCACAAAACCACAUAAAAGUAAUUAGGAGAACUAAGGGUCGCACAAGUUCCACGUGCAAUGUCAUCCUAGAGAUAGAAAGGAAACUGAUGCCAACUGUGCCCAUCCCGCUUAUAGCCCGGAAUGCCCGGAGUGGCGUAAAUGGGACCGGAUUGCCCGAGCAACCAUUUCAUACUACUAAAGGCACUGAAGUCUUCCCACAAAAGCAUUCAAGGGCUAUAAAAAUUGCACAAGUCAACCUUGGCAGAGGAUUCGCAGCGUUACAGGAAUGCCUAAAAACGGCGGAAUCGCAGGGAAUAUCAAUAAUCUUAGUACAGGAACCUUACGUAGGUCCUAAGGCACAUGUUACUUGUAGGCACAGAGUUAUCCAAAAGCAAACUAAUGACACUCAAAAACCCGUCAAAUCUGCGGUCAUUGUCGUUGAUUCGUCCGUACAGUACACUGUAAAUCCUGAUAUUAUUACAGAAAAUAUUGUUGCAUGUAAAUUUAAAAUAUAUAACCACUAUGUUGCGAUUAUUAACAUAUACAUGGAAGGGGCUCAAGACGUCGAACAAGACCUAAGAAUAAUUUCCAACUACAGAAACAUUCUAGACUCAGAAAAUAUAAUCAUUGGAGGAGACCUUAACGCAAAGAGUCCCUGGUGGGGUUGCGAUGUGGAGGACAGACGGGGAACAGCUAUAUCGGAAUCAUUUGCACAGCUAGAACUACAUAUACUGAACACAGGAAAAACACCAACCUUCUGGGCACAUAGAGGAAAUAGAGAUUAUACCAGCAUCGUCGAUGUUACUGCAUGUUCAAAUGGUCUACUCAACAAAAUAACGAACUGGAGAGUCAACCCUGAUUUUGUCACCUUAUCGGACCACAGAGCUAUAACGUAUAGUGUUAACCUCGAAAAAAUAACGGCAGAAGCCACUCAGAGACAAACUACACGUAUCUAUAAUACAGGGAAAGCAGACUGGGCAAGUUUUACCUAUUUUCUGAAGGAGGAACUAAAAGUACUGAAGAUCACCGAGGAAUCCAUCACUGAAAUAGGAAACACAGACGCUUUAGAAGAUCUUGUACAACAAUACGUCGAUUGCAUUCAGAGAUCCUCCGACAAAGCUAUUCCAAAGCUGGCAAAAACCAUCAGCGCAAAGACUCCAUGGUGGACAAAACAACUAAGCGACAAGAAAAAAGAUGUAAUCCGAAAAAGAAGGAAAAUCAAACAUGCCAACCAGAACAGAAGACAAUCAGUGAUUGAAGAUUAUAUAACUGCCAAAGCAGAAUACAAAAAUCUCCUGACUGACACUCUCACUUCAAGCUGGAAAGACUUCUGUAAAAAACAAGACCGUGAAAAUUUGUGGCAAGGGAUAUACAGGAUCAUAAGGAAAUCGAGCAGAACUCCGGAGGAUACAUUGUUACGAGAAACGACAACUAGUAAGAUAAUGACCCCGGAAGAGUCUGCUAAAAUAUUAUCUGAAACUUUUUAUCCAUAUGACGAUAUCGAAACGGAUGAACAACCACACUCAGAGAUGCGACAAAAGGCUGAAACAAUCAAGAAAGAAUGGGCGAAGAUCACCAAAGAAGAUACCACAAAACCAUUUACAAACACUGAGGUAGAAUUUAUUCUUCAAUCAAUGAGCCCUCGGAAAUCGCCAGGAGAAGACAGUCUUACAGCCGACAUAUGUUACAAAGCUCUUCCACAGAUACUCUUGGCAAUUUACAACAAAUGCCUUGCACUUGGACACUUUCCAAAAACCUGGAAAAGCGCAAUAAUUAAAGUCAUCCCAAAGCCUAACAAGGAGAACUACACACUUCCAAAAUCAUAUCGGCCAAUAGGACUCUUACCUGUACUGGGAAAAGGGCUUGAAAAACUAUUCGUUAAUCGAAUGACCUGGCAGAUCGGCUCAGAAAAUAAAAUGAGCGGUAGGCAAUACGGGUUUGUCUCACAGAGAGGGACUGAGGACGCCCUAUGCGACGCCCUUGAGGUUGUCAGGCAGGGUUUAAAAAACAGUGAAAUUGUUGUGAUUGUCUCCAUUGACAUUGAAGGAGCUUUCGAUAACGCUUGGUGGCCCGCAAUGAUUAAUGAGCUUGAUAAGAAAAAGGUUGACAAAUCUGUAUGUAGGCCAAUCGGAAGUUAUCUCACAGAUAGACAAAUAAAAUUAACAUACGCAGGUAGUGAGAUAAUAAAACAAACCAACAAAGGAUGCAUAGAAGGAUCUACUUGCGGACCUCUGCUGUGGAACCUGCAACUUGACCCAUUACUAAGGGAGGUAGAAGAACUAGGCACCCACAUACAAGCGUACUGUUAUAUCCCUUUUUACAACGCAGUUAAAUCUUAG